AGUGUCUGUUUUUAAUGACAUAUCUGAUUCGUCCCAGCCGACGUUACUAUGCAAUUGUGCAGUUCCUGCUAUGUGAAUUUGAGCGCGGCUUCUAAUUAUUUCCAAAGCCAAGUUCUAGUGCGCUUCAUUUAUCGAAGAAGCCAUGCUAUCUUUGGGAGUCGCAGGAGGGCUAGCUGCAGUAGUUGGAAUUUUAUUGGGCUCACAACUGGCGACACUUUGGGACUCGGCACCGAUGCUUUCACACGUGGGAAAGAUCUUUACGACCAGCUUCCUUCGAGGGACACCGGCCUCCACCGUCCUGGGACCAGUUUGUCGGACCAUGGCGUUCUCGACGGUCGAGCGAGGCUCCCCCAACAGCCUGGACUACAGGGUUUACUUCCGUAAGUUCGCAGCGGCAAGGUAUUUUUUCCUGGUCGUAGCGGUAGUGGCGGGACUUAUGUCGUCCUCCGCUGCUCCGACUGCCGCUACUAUGGCGUUCUCAACUGUUGAGCGGGGAAGCCCCAACAGUCUGAACUACAGCAUUUACUUCCGGCAAGGAGGAAAGUACAUCUCUCCCUUCCACGACAUUCCCAUGUUUGCGGACCCAGCCAAGCGGGUUUACAACAUGGUUGUGGAGGUUCCUCGCUGGACCAAUGCCAAGAUGGAGAUUGCCACCAAGGAACCGCUGAACCCAAUCAAGCAAGACACCAAGAAGAACAAGCUGCGCUAUGUCUCUAACUGCUUCCCUCACCACGGCUAUAUCUGGAAUUAUGGUGCCAUCCCGCAGACCUGGGAGGAUCCAGGCCACAUCGACAACAACACUAACUGCAAGGGGGACAACGACCCCAUCGACAUCUGCGAGAUUGGCUUCAGGGUUGCCAAGCGUGGUGAAGUGCUGCAGGUGAAGGUUUUGGGCGUGAUGGCACUUGUGGAUGAGGGAGAAACAGACUGGAAGCUGCUGGCCAUCGACAUCAGGGACCCUCUUGCCAACGAGCUCAACGAUGUUGGUGACAUCGAAAAGCAUAUGCCUGGACUUCUCAAGGCAACUACAGAAUGGUUUCGGAUUUACAAGAUUCCUGACGGAAAGCCCGAGAACCAGUUUGCAUUUAAUGGCGAGGCCAAGAAUAGGGAGUUUGCAGAGAAGAUCAUAGCAGAGACACACACAUACUGGGAGGCCCUUAUGCAGAGAGCAGACACAAGCCCUCUAAACUGCUCGACAGUGACGCUCGAAGGGAACGCCCACCAGAUCAGCGACGAUGAGGCCAAUUCAAUCGUCGCUUCAACCCCAGAGUUCGGUCCGGACGCUGGCAGGGAGGCCAUAGUACCAAUACGUGAUGAGAGGUGGCUAUCUCUGAGAGCCAAGUGCCGCCAAGCACAGCGCCGCUUCAAUCGCACCGCUGCAACUGAAGACAAGAAGCUUUGCAACGCGUUGCACUCUCAAUAUCGGAGGCAUACAAAUAAACUCCGGCGACAGCAAGGCAGGAGUCCCCUGGACAAGUGGCACUUCGUCUGUCUCAAGUGAGAAGACUCCAUACGUCCAGAUCUCUGCGCACCUCGAGGUUCUUUGAUGGAGAUAAUAAAUUUGAUCAUAGAAAUUUUUA